UCUACUGCAUCAAUUUCAUCAGACUGCUAUAUAUAAAAGAACGAGUAAAAGUAUUCUCUAUCAGACUUAGCUGAACUAAACAAAACUAUUGUGAUCAUGCUAGUUUCAGCUAUAAUCGUGCUCGUAGCACUCCUGGUGGAAUCACAGGCAACCAAUUAUUGCGAUCCAGAUUUAUGUCCUCAGAGAGGACCUCAUGUUGGUUGUCAUGCCAGCCGCGGAUUUUCGCCAAACUGUGGAAACAAAUAUGAAGCGAUUGAGAUGACGAACGGCAGAAAGCAACAGAUUUUACAUCAGCACAACAAACUUCGAUCGAACAUAGCCCAAGGAGAGUAUAGAGGUUUCCCAACUGCUUCCCGCAUGGCUACGUUGCUAUGGGACGAUGAACUGGCUCAAUUAGCUGCUAUCAACGCCAGAACGUGUCGCUUUGGUCAUGAUCGGUGCCGCAGCACCGAUAAAUUCCAGUAUGCCGGACAGAAUAUUGCAUGGACAGCUUUUAUGGGAUACGACUUCACCCCGGAAAGCCGAAUGGAGAACUUCACGUUAAGUUGGUUCAACGAGUACAAAGACUGCCCGACGUCAGCUGUCAAAAGUUAUCCGAGAAAUUACAGGGGCCCCAUGAUUGGACACUUUACACAGAUUGUGAGUGAUCGGUCGACCAGAAUCGGAUGCGCUAUGAUGAAAUAUAUUCUACGACAACAAACGAACUUUUACUUUGUUUGCAACUAUUCGAUGACCAACAUCGUAAAUCAACCAGUGUACAAAUCAGGUAAAACUGCUUCUGCGUGUAAAACGGGUGCAAAUCAUGAUUAUAAAGGGUUAUGCAAUCCAAAUGAAGAAAUUUCGUCCGAUCCCGCCGAAGAAUGAGCUACAUAACUAUGAAUAUCUAUACAUAUAUGUAUACAUUAUGAAUUUGGUACCAAUAAAAAAAUAUGCUACCCCAUAA